AUGGUUCGAGGCAGAAAAUGGCAGCAGCAGCCGCAACAAUAUGGUUAUGGUGGUGGUGCUUCAUGGCACCUCUGGCGUGGAGCCAGGUCGCCCCGGGAAGAGAGCAAGCCCCCUUGGAAGAAGGGAUCUGGAAGGGAGAACAGCAGAAGCUUUCCACAGUACGACUCCAAGCCUCCCAGUGCGCGUGGCACCCCGGCUGGCACGAACAGGGAGAAAGGGCAAGCAGCAACAGAAGACGACGGGCUGACUGCCCCGAGGUCGCCGAGCUUCAGUGGGAAGACUACGAAGGAGUACAAGCAAGCGUUCCUCAAGGAGCGGGAGAGACAUCAGAAAGCCUUGGCUGGAUUCGACCGAGAUAUCGCGCUCGCGCAUCAAGCCCAACACGAGGCCAGGCUGCACUUCAAGAGAGUUGUCGACCUGGACCACCUCAAAGGCGAGAUGGAGGUAGACGAAGCCGACGAGGCGCAAGACGACGAGUGGGAAAAGAUGAUCGAAGAGUGGGAUCAAGAAAAGAUUCUCGAGGAGGACGAGAUCUUGCGAAGAGCGAUGAUGGAGAGGGAGUCCAGGGCAGCUUUCAGCACUCCCAGGCCGGCCCGACCACCCUUGCCGAGAUCACCCGCAAUGAGCGUGCGGGUUGCAGAGAAUGUUGGGGGAUAUGGACCGGCAUACACCGAGAGUUCACCGCUGAGUCAAGCUGUGCGGUCGGAUCCUUACACUACUUCGUCUCCUAUGAGCACACCCAUAGCAGAAGCGCCUGUGGCCCAGUCUGUUCCUGGACACCCACAGGAGAGGACUUCUCCUUGCCUGCCGACGGGCAAAGGGAAAGGACCUCAAGACAUGCAGAGGAAAGGCAUCAAAGAAAGCUCUCGCACUCCGCCAGAAAAAGCUUCGCCACAUGUGGGUUUGGCCGAGAAGUUGCACAUGAAGAGGAUUGCGCUCAUGCCCGAAUUCGGAGGUGCAACCAGGCCGGGAAGCUUGGAAGAGGACCGUGCCACUUCGACAGUGGACAGCAAGAUUCACGAUGGUGCAGAGGAGGGCGCGUUGCCGACCACUGCAACGGGCCAGGGUACUUCGGAGGAGCCAAGGCUAGUGAGCAAGCCGACCUUCCUAGACGACGACGAACUGUGUGGGUAG